CAGAGCCGGAGCCGGGGCUUUUGUCCAGGAGCUGGAGCCGAAGAGGCGCAGUCGCAGCCCGGAGCCCGGAGCCCGAGCCCAACCGCCCCAGCCACCGUCUGCGCGUCUUGCGGCCCCGAGCCCGACCCCGCGGUCCCUCUGCCCCAUGAAACUGGCCGCGAUGAUCAAGAAGAUGCGCCCGAGCGACUCGGAGCCGAGUAUCCCGGCCAAGCACUGCUACCGCAUGGUGGUCCUCGGCUCGCCCAAGGUGGGCAAGACGGCCAUCGUGUCGCGCUUCCUCACGGGCCGCUUCGAGGACGCCUACACGCCCACCGUCGAGGACUUCCACCGCAAGUUCUACCGCAUUCGCGGCGAAGUCUACCAGCUGGACAUCCUCGACACGUCCGGCAACCACCCGUUCCCCGCCAUGCGGCGCCUCUCCAUCCUCACAGGAGACGUGUUCAUCCUGGUGUUCAGUCUGGACAACCGCGACUCCUUCGAGGAGGUGCAGAGGCUCAAGCAGCAGAUCCUCGACACCAAGUCCUGCCUCAAGAACAAGACCAAGAAGAACGUGGACGUGCCCCUGGUCAUUUGCGGCAACAAAGGGGACCGGGACUUCCACCGCGAGGUGGAGCGGCGCGAGAUCGAGCAGCUGGUGGGCGCCGACCCCCGGUGCUGCGCCUACUUCGAGAUCUCGGCCAAGAGGAACAGCAGCCUGGACCAGAUGUUCCGCGCGCUCUUCGCCAUGGCCAAGCUGCCGUGCGAGAUGAGCCCGGACCUGCACCGCCGCGUGUCGGUGCAGCACUGCGACGCGCUGCACAAGAAGGCGCUGCGGGGCAAGAGGCUGCGGGGGGCGGGCGGCGACCCGAGCGACGCGGUCGGCAUCGUGGCGCCCUGGGCGCGCAGGCCGAGCGUGCACAGCGACCUCGUGUACAUCCGCGAGAAGGCCGGCGGCGACGGCCCGGCCAAGGACAAGGAGCGCUGCGUCAUCAGCUAGGAGCCGCCGCCCGCGCGCGGCCGCACAAUCUUGGGAGGCCUUUCUGUCCAAGAGUCAAGGGUCCGGGCCGCCCGGGCCGUGGGCCAGAGCCGCCCGUGCGCGCAGGGGGGCGGCUCCCCUCCCCGCGCCCCAGGAAGACUCAGAGCAACCGAGAAGGGACCGUGGUCUGCUCGGGAGGGAAAGAGGGCGAGCUGGCUGAGGCGGGACUCCCCCCGCUUCGGACCCCCGUUGGCGCCGGCCGCCCCCACCACCCGGGGACACUUCCCCGGCACAGACCUAAACAUGGGGGAGGGGGAGUCACGCCGCCACCGGGGGGCCUUUGGAAAGCGUCCCGCCUGGAGGAGCGGAGGCUGGGCACUAGCUGGCCUGUGAUUGGCGGUUGCCAUGACAGCCGGCGAAGCUGAGGGUGGGGGUCACAUCCCAGUGACUCGUCUACGCGUGUGCCACGGCAGGAAGCAAAACAGAACACACAACCUGCACUUUAAUGGUAGUUCUGGUGUCACUGUGGACAGGAACAGAAUCUUCCCCAGGCGUCUGUACUGUUCGAGAGACAGUCUAAAGGUGUUCUUACUGGUUUUUUAAUAUGAAAAAAUAAAACUUUAAAAUGGAAAA